AUGGCCACCAGCCGAGCGGUUCGAGGACGUCUCACUACAGUCUCUCAUUCCAUACGUGUAGUCCUUCGUUGUCUUGGUGGAAGCAGGGAUUCACAGGAUAUCUCAAAUCGGGCCUUGCUACUUCUUUGCGAAUUGCAGGAUCUACUAUGUCGACUUCAGGAUCAGUUGACAUGGGCAGAGGAGAAAUGGAUCGUGGAUCCAUCACGCCUACUCAACCUGGACGAGGCCCUCAAUCCUUUGGAGUCUACCAUCGAGGCAAUGGAUGUUUAUCUCCAGCCCGGUGGGGUGAGUGCUCGUCUUUUCAGAAAGCGCCUAUUGGAGAAUACCUUCAUACCUAGGCUGGAGCAGUUCAAGAUCAUGAUGAUCUUGGCCAUGCAACCUGGAUCAUCAGAAAAGAAUCACGUUGAAGAAAAGCUCCGGGUCAAAUUUAGACAGUAUCAAGAACUGGAUUCCGCGGGUGCUGGUAAAACUUUUCUUGCAUCUACCAUCGUUGAGAAUCUUCAAAAGACUUUCACAUCUGCUGAGGUGGCCAUUGUGUUUAUUUUUGGCCAAGAUGAGAUGGAGGAGGGCAGUACACUUGGGUUCCUUGACAAAAUCCUUGCUCAGCUUGUCUACAGGAAACGAACCCCGUCUCAAGCAACCGUCUCCCUUUACAAGUCAGAGUCAUUUCAGAAUGGCCGAGCCUCUGCAAAGGCAUUCCAAGAUGCCAUUCGUGCAGAGGUCAAUAGGUUCUCUCGGGUUUUCUUUGUGAUAGAUGGUGUUGAAACUCCAUCUGAGAAAGAGCGCAUUCUCAAUCGUCUUCAAAAACUCCCCGACCACGCCCAAUUACUUGUCAUGAUGCGGGAAGCAAAAUAUGACUCAAAAGACGAGCACCUUUCUGUCUUAGCUAUCCGCGAUGAUCUGGAAGCGUACAUCGGCAACUGUAUCAAUGAGAGCGAAGGGCUUAAAUCCUUGCUGAAAGAAUAUCCGUCCGAACUCAGGACCGCAGUUGUGCAGCAAGCUGUUAAGAAGUGCCACGGCUUGUUUCUCCUUGCUCGCCUACAUAUGGAUCUGCUGUCAAGGUGUACUGACGGAAAUCUACUCCAACGAGCACUCUUCCAUCUUCCAGAAAGCAUCAAUGAUGCGUAUGGCGAAUCAAUGACACGGAUUGUGAGCCAAAAUCUUUAUGCAAGUCGGUGCUUGUUCUGGACGCUCUACGCAUGCAGGCCACUGACAGUAUCGGAACUGAACUUUGCUGCCAGCUUCGAGAUGCUGGUCAGCACGCCUCCAAAAGACCCUUUGCAUUCAGAACGGUCGAUGUUACAUGAAACUGCAGGUCUUCUGAGCAUUGACGCUAUAUCAGGUACUGUUCAUCUAGUUCACCGAACUGCCAAGGAGUAUCUCGGCGGCCCAGCUGCUAGGGUGUUCUUUCCCACUGCCAAGAAGCAUAUUGCAGAGACUUGUCUCACCGUUAUAACUUCAGAUGAAGUUGUUGAUGAGUGUUAUAUGACAAAAGGGCUCUGUCCACGCGAGUCUAGGAAUUGCUUGUUAGACUAUGCUAUUACGUAUUGGGGUGAUCAUGCACGUGAAGUCAACGGUGAUGAGCAGACAACACAAGUCCUCAUCCGUGCAUUCCUGAACAAAUUGUGCUGGCGAAGGCCCCCGCUCGAAUCGAGCUAUGCCACAGCUGCCGAUAUACCAAAGCGUCUGGGGCUUGGCAGUUACUUUCUUGACUGGAGUGCAUUACACGUGCUGGCAUAUUUCGGAAUCCUUGGCAAGGCAAAUCGUCUAAUUGAGCAAGGCGCCAAUAUCAACGAAUCUGAGAACGAGCUUGGCAUAACUGCAUUGCAUUGCGCAGUCCACCGCGGCCAUGAGGAAAUGGUUGAUUUACUCAUUGAGCACAAUGCCAAUCUCAAUGCAACCUCCAAAGAUGGCAGUACUGCUCUACAUAUUGCCGCUGAACAAGGACAUCGAAAACUCAUCAAAACCUUACUAAACCGCCGAAUCAACUUACGAACCGCCAAUUUGCAAGGUUCUACGGCACUCCAAUCGGCAGUUGGGACGGCGUCUGAUGAAGCAACUGUUCCGCUUCUGAUCAAAAGUCGCUUUGACAUGGAUGUUCAGAACACUGUCACGGGUAAUACAGCUCUUCAUCUUGCAGUGGAGCUUAAAAGGCCUCGGAUUCUUCUAUUUUUAAUUGAAAAAGGGGCAAAUCUCAAUAUAUUGAACAGGCAGGGUCUCACCCCUCUUCAAUUAGCCUGCAAGAUUGACAAUUGUGAGGCAGUCUCGCUACUACUUGAGCGUGGCGCAAAGCCGGAAACUCGUUCUUCCAGUGGAAAUACUGCCCUUCAUAUCUCUGCGGGUGAGGGCCACUGGAUUGCCUUCGACCUUCUCAUCACUGGCGGUGCGGAUGUCAAUGCAUGGAAUAACGAUGGCGAUUCUUUGCUUCACGAACAAGCCCGGAAAGGCUCGACCAUGUCGAUAAUUGCACAUUUGCUUGAUAAUGGUGCAAAUAUUGAGGCUUGUAACUCACAAGGCUAUACACCUCUGCAAUGUGCGGCUCUUUCGGGUAACAAACCCAUGUUCCUCUACCUUAUAGACGAAGGUGCCAACGCCCAAGUCCAUACAGCGAAGGGUGAAACACUUCUUCAUAUCACUCCCCCACUCAACCAAAACUACCUCGACAUUCUAGCCAUUCUUCUGGACUUGAGCCUCAGCCCAAAUGCAGUGACCUGCAGUGGGCUAACACCAAUUCAUAAUGUUAUUAUUAAUCAUCUUGAUGUCAUCGACUUACCUUUGGAUAAGGUCAUACAUUACAUCUCUCUCCUUUUAUCUCGUGGAGCCAACAUCAAUGCCCAGCUUCUUUCGUACAAGUCUGAGACGGCACUACAUCUUGCUAUCACUGCGAAAACACCCCAAGAGCCACUGGUUCUUUUUCUCGUCAAGAACGGUGCUGCGCUUGACGUCAAGACGAUCGAUGGUCGGACACCCUUGCACUUGGCUGUUGAGUGUGGCCGACACAGCAUUUUGGCACUCCUUCUUAAUGCUGGUGCAGAUCCUAAAAUCAAAGGCCCUUCUGAGUUUUCAAGUAACCGCAAGCCUGUCCCAUAUAAUGAGACUCUGUCCGACUCCACUGAGCAGAGUAAGACGAAGACCCUGCGAGCCUAUGAAGCAGGGAUAAUGCAUCACUCGCCAAAUACAGAACUUGACAGCAUCAUUACAGACAUUGAAGAGCUAGAAAUCGGGUCUGACACUGAUGGGAUCGGGGGUUCGACUUUGAUUGGGGAAGAUGGUUCAACCUGGGGAUCGAGAGCAUCGACGACGUCUAUGAAUAUUCCAUCAAUUCUUUCUUCAAGCUGA